CUCACCCCACCCUCCUCUCUCUUUCACUGAGCGUUUCUUCUCCCAAUCCCCAUCCAACUCCGGCUGUCCAGAAAGCGCACGGUGGAUGGACAGGAGCAUUGGAAUUUACCCCUCUCUUUUAGAAAAAUAAUUAAAGAACGAAACGCUGCUCUACACACUAGUCAGGACAUCUCCAACAACAUAGGUUCUUUUUGUCAGAAAAAGCAAAGAAACGACUGUGGACCUUUAAAUCCAUCAAGGAUCUAAGGGCAGGAGAAGGCCAUGCCGUUUGGCUGUCUAACGCUGGGGGAGAAGAAGGAUUAUAACAAUCCUUCUGAGGUGACCGAAAAGUAUGACUUGGGACAGAUCGUUAAAACGGAGGAGUUUUGCGAAAUCUUCCGGGCCAAAGACAAAGCGACCUUGAAAAUGAGCACCUGCAAGAAGUUUCUGAAGAAGGAUGGGAGGAAAGUCCGAAAAGCUGCCAAAAAUGAGAUUGUCAUCCUGAAGAUGGUGAAGCAUCCCAACAUACUUCAGCUGGUGGACGUCUUUGAAACCAGAAAAGAGUAUUUCAUAUUUCUCGAACUUGCCACAGGCCGGGAGGUGUUUGACUGGAUCCUGGACCAGGGUUACUAUUCAGAGCGAGACACCAGCAACGUCAUUCGGCAGGUGAUGGAGGCUGUGGCAUACCUUCACUCCCUGCACAUCGUCCACAGGAACCUGAAGCUGGAGAACUUGGUUUACUACAAUCGUCUAAAGAACUCAAAAAUCGUCAUCAGUGAUUUCCAUCUGGCCAAGCUGACGAAUGGGCUCAUCAAGGACCCCUGUGGCACCCCGGAGUACCUGGCUCCAGAAGUGGUUGCCAGGCAGAGAUAUGGAAGGCCAGUUGACUGCUGGGCUAUUGGAGUCAUCAUGUACAUACUGCUAUCAGGUAAUCCACCAUUCUAUGAUGAAACUGACGAUGAAGAUUACGAGAAUCACGACAAGAACUUGUUUCGUAAAAUCCUGGCGGGAGACUAUGAGUUUGAUUCCCCAUACUGGGAUGAUAUUUCUGAUUCAGCCAAGGGGCUGGUGAACCGGUUGAUGGAGGUGGACCAAGACCAAAGACUGACAACACAGGAAGCCAUCAAUCAUGAGUGGAUUUCAGGGAAUGCUGCAUCAGACAAAAACAUAAAAGACGGUGUCUGCGCACAGAUUGAAAAGAACUUCGCCAAAGCAAAGUGGAAGAAAGCGGUGCGGGUGACCACAAUCAUGAAGCGGCUGCGGGCCCCUGAACAGAGUGCGUCAGCAGCCACUGCUCCAGCAGCUCCAGCAGCUCCAGCAGCCCCAGCUGCCCCGGCAGACCCAGAGGCACCAGCGGCAUCAGCAGACCCUGCUGCACCAGCCUCCAACGAUACCCCCACGGCCACAGAGUCAGAGAGCAGCCCGGGCAGCAGUGAAGCCCCAACACCAUCAGAGCCCCCGAGCGCAGAGCCAGAGAACAAACCAGCCAGCCCAGAGGAGGACAGCCCCGCCCAGCUUGACAGCUCCGCCCAAGUGGGUGUGAUGGAAGAGGAAGAGGCAGCGUCUUCACGAUGUAAUGGGGAAACAGCCGCCCCCCUUGAGCCUGCUGUGGAAGCCUGUGACGAGCAGAAUGGCUAAAGCGCCACACAGCCCCACUCUUCUUUGUAAUAUAGCCGCUGGCAUGGUGACGCUGAAUCCGCUAAACUCUCUCACGCAGCAGAAUUAGUAUCGAGUUUAAAGAGGCAGUGUCCCAUCUCUGUGGAAGGAUGCCUAAUGGAUAGUGCUUUUUUUCUUUUCUUUGAUUCUUUUAAAAGAGCCUUUUUUCUGCUCCAGAAUAACCGCCUAUUUUUGCAGGCUGCUUUGUGAAACUAAGCUAAGUGAAAACUGUUGCUACUGCUUCCACUCAGUGUAGUCUUAAGAGGGAGUAAAUAGCUUCAUUUAUUUUUCUUCAUGCGUUAUCUUUGUUGUACUUUCAAUCAUUCGGAUUGGUUUUGAGUUCUGUUGCACCAUAAAUGAGAUACUCAGCUGAAUCCACUGCUGGCUAUUCAGUUCUAACUAACUGUCAUGUUCUUCUUUGACUUUUCUGUCGGCUUAAUAUAUAAUAUAUAGUGUAGUGUAGAGCAGGUUUGGUUAGGGUUAGGGUUAUUUAUUUGUAGGCUUGGACUGCUGUUUACACAUUGGCUCUACAGACUUAACAUCCCUGAUUGAAUGUAAAUACUUUUUUUUUUAAUUGACAUUUUUAUUGAUGCAGUGAAGAUGUUUUUAUUUUAUUUUAUUUUAUUUUAAAACUUUUAUUUGAAACACUUUUUGUUUUAAACCCAUCGGGGCCUGACAAACUGAACUAACCAUGGGCACUUCUAAGUAAAACUGCAGAGACUAAAAAAAAUCCUGAUUGAGCAAAGGGGAGAGAGAUCCUACUUGACCACCAAUAUCACUUUGUAAAAUGCAGCUUUUCUUUUAAUGGAAGUCUCACGUUUUAGUAUUAGAUUGUUACUGAGAUUUGAUUUUUUAUUCUAUUCACUGUAAUGUUUUGGGUUAAAACCCAUUGAAAAUGAGUUGGAGUCAACUGAAUUACUUGCAUGUUUAACACAAUGAAGUUUCUUAUUCAGACUUAUGUAUUGCAAUCAUAUUGCCUCUAACACAGGGGAACAUGUUUGUUUUUCUAGGCUGCAGUUUUACACAGGCAUCCUGCAGAUUGGGGACACUGCUCUUAACUUGCUGCUGUAAACAAAACUCUGUAGAAGUAGCCAAACUGGAAUGCAUUUUGAAAUUUCUUAUACAUUGCACAUUGUUUGUAAGCAACUGAUGGAUAAAGAUCUGGUAUAAGCCUCAGCCAUGUAAAUAAACAUAAAUAUGUAAGUAUAUCGCACACAUAUACAUAUCUAUAUUUGCAUUCCCUCCAAAUUCCAUGCUUUUCAUGAUAAAAUAAACAACAACUGGGCUUAAAUUGCAAAGAGAGAUUGAUGGACUGACCGUGUAAAUGGAUAUAUUUACAGGGUCACUGUAGAUAAAUAGCUAGCUAGCUAGAUAGCUAGCUAGAUAGAUAGAUAGAUAGAUAGAUAGAUACAUAGAUACAUAUAUAUAUAGAUACUGUGGAUGGAUAGAUAGCUAGCUAGCUAGAUAGAUAGAUAGAUAGAUAGAUAGAUAGAUAGAUAGAUUGACUUCAGAGGAAGACACUGUGAGCAGCCUGUUACAGAAAUAAUUUAGAAAUAUAUUUAAAUAUUGAUGAACAUACAGUACAGUUGUCCAUAAAACUCCAAUGCAUGCACAUGUGAAAAUGCAUGUGCAAGCAUUCACAUGCAUUAAAUAUAAAACACAUAGAUAAUCACAAGUAUAAAUGAAGGAAAGUAUGGUAUAUCAGUGUGUAAUUGUACUGAUUUAGAUGAGGAAGUGUCCAGAAAAUGUAGUCAUAAUGAUGACCCCUUAAAUAAUCAUAUACACUGUACUACUGGGUGUAUGGGAGCUAUAGGUAUUGCUGUAUAUAUAGUAUUGUUUUUAUUUCGUAUUGUUUUUAAGUUCUACCAGGUGCGGAUUGGUAAACCAUUUUAACUUAUUUUAUUUAUUAUUGGUUUUAUCAUUUGCAAUUAUUUAUUGAAGUACUGUAGGAACGUAGCAGUACAUCCUAGUAAGGGACCAUUUAUUAUAAAGCAUGAUACAUACAGACAUGUAUACACACAUAUGUAGGCCACCAACGCACUUACCCAUUUUCAUAUUAUAUGCACAUAAUUCUGUGCAAAUACAGAACUAAACUCAAAUACCUGUAUGUUUCUGUCUCCCAAGUCCAACAAAUCUCUGUCCAUCAGAUGUCAGCCUUCUCUUCUGGACAAACGACUGGGAACUCUUUUCUUUUGUGUUUAUCCUGUCCUUCAUGACUCUUUCUGUACAGUGGCAGGGCCCUGCUAGUUUGUAGGCCCGGUCUUUGACUUGCAGAUAAUCUGCUGCUUCUUUCUUCCUCUAAACAACAAAAACAACAAAAUAUAUACUUAAAAAACAUAUACUUAAACUUUGCUCUUGGACACAAGCUUACUAUCUUAUUAAUUUUAACAAAAAAGCUACUGUGCCUCUUUAUUUUAUUUGUUUAAAUUUGGGUUGAGAAAAAAAACAAUGAAACUAAAAAAAACUAAUACUGCAUCUUAACUCAAAGGUUAAGGGGAAAAACAGGAACUACUCGAAAAGGGGAUCUCCUUGUACUGGAUGGCCUUUUUGUUUUGUGUUACAGAAAGCAGUCUAUCCUGCAUUUCCAAAGCAAUGUUGAAAAGUGCUUCAGACAGAGUCUCUGCCGAGGCAGCCAAGAAGCAUUAGCACUCAGUGUUUUACAUCAGCAGCACACCUGUCAUAUAUUCCAUAGACCAUUAAACACUCCUAAAGCAUUACUUUUUUAAAUUUAAUACAUUACCUUAAACGUUGUAAUAAAUCCUGUGGCUCAAUAGACAGCCAUUAUAGACUAUGAUACCUGUACAUCUGAAGCAGCCUCAUGUCUAAAUAUAUUAUUAGUGACACAGGUAAAAGUGGUCAAGCCUUAGAACAGGUGACGGCCUAAUUUCCAAAAUUCUGGUCUUGCCUGUCAGUAAGUCUUUUAUUUCUACAUACUGUGGAUGUAGGUCAUGAUGUUCUGUCCUGAUUUUGUAUUUAGAGUCGUGGCAGGAUAUACAGUAUGUUACUAACAGAUUUGUACCAUUUUUAUUUUUAUUUAGGAUUCUUAAAUUUAUUCUUAAAUUCCUUUAAUUCACACGCAUUCAUUUGAAGUAAUUUCUCAAUGUUCCUUUAUAUAAGUAAUUUACACAAGUGAAAUGGCUGCUAAUUAGUUCUGUACAUUAAGCAAUACAGCACAGUUUAUCACUAAGAUUCAUGAAGUCUAGCUUUGUGUUUCUUGAAAAUUGCUUGAAAAAGUAUUUGAUUAUAACAGUUUGUUUUUGUCAGCUUUUUAAUACAGUACUUUUCUGUUGCAUAACCUAGACACCAUGUUGGGCAAUAUUCUGUUUUCUGAAUGUAUUUAUUUGUUUAUUUAUUUAUUGGAAUGAACUGAACGAUGAACUGGUGGGUCAUGUUUCUUAUUUAAAAGCCCUCUGUAUCCCUUGUUCUAGCCAAUGUUUAUUAGAAUAUCAUUUGAUGGUAAUAAAGAUUUCUUCAUUGGA